UGACAACUAUUCAUGCCUAAUUAAUUUCAAAAAACCAUUACCCACGUGCGAGUCUGUUUUGAGAGAUAAGAAGUGGUAUGAAAUAAGAAAAUGGGGAAAUUCAGAUCAAAACUUAAGGGGAAAUCAAAAGGGAAAAGAUGGCAGAAGGGUCAGUCAUCAAAUUCAAAUCCCAAAAUUCAAAAAUACAGAGAAAUGGCCAAAUCCCGGUUUUUUCAGGAGAAUUUAAGUAAUUCUAAUUUAACACAACAAGCUGUUCACAAGCAUGAUGCAAUGAUUACAUAUGGGCACAGCACUGGCAAGAAGAAGUCUGAAGCAGAGAAUGAGCUUAGUAUCGCUAAGGAACUGGAGAACAUGUCUGUUCGAGGAGACAAUGAAAAGAUAGAGGAUGAUGGCUCAGAUACGGAGUAUUCGGGAUCUAUGAAAUCAGGAACAUACAAAACAUUUCAGACAUUUGCAUCUGAUUGGAGUCAAUGCUCUAAUGUUAGUUUUAGCAAAUUGUUAACAAGAUUUGACUCCAAUAACGCAGUACACAAAGACAUGUUGGCUGUACUGGCGGCCGUCACGGAGGUGAUCAAAGAGGAAGGUGGGAAAGAAUCCACUACUGAAUACUUCGCUGCUUUGAUGCAAACUCUAAAAUCAUCAGAAGAUGAUGAAAGUGUUGUACCGACAUUGUCACUACUCUCAAUGGGCAUCAAAUCUGUACCUCAAGCGGUAUUGAGGAAACAGUUUUCUGAAUCGGCAACAAUAUUAACGGAAAUUUUAGAGAAAAAUGCUCAAUCAGAAAAUGGAACACUAUUGAGAAGUGCCAUUGGGUGCCUCUCUGUUUUAUUAAGAGCCCAGGAAUAUGCUCUAUGGGGUGAUUCUUCAACUUUGAGGAUCUUUGAAUCUGUAUUGGCAUUUGCAUUGCACUCUAAACCUAAGGUCCGUAAAGCAGCUCAACAUGCAGUCACUGCUGUGUUAAGGGGAAGUUGUUUUAUGAUUGCAUCUGAUGAUGUGAAAAAUAAGGUCCCCAAACUACAUCCAGCAUCUAACCGCGUUGCGGAAUUCUGUUUAUCGCAAAUUAAAGCGGAGGCGCUUCUAUCAGGACAUCGCACAGUUUUGCAUACACUAACAAUGCUCCGUGACGUUUUGCCUGUCUUCAGCAAGGAUAAUAUUAAGGCGACCUGCGAGUCGAUCCUGUCGCUGAUGACGCACAACAACGUGUACAUCAAGACGUGCUGCCUGCACACGCUGCACGCGCUGGUGAGCGCGCCGGCGGCCGCCAGCAACCUGUGCGCGGCGCUGGCCGGGCGCCUGGCGCGCGCGCUGCUGGCCGCGCGCCCGCCCGCCGCCGACACCGCGCAGGUGCUGGCCUGGGCCGCCGUGCUGCACCAGGCCUACGCCUGCCUCGCCGGCCUGGACUUGAACUUGUGCAUACCGAAUUUACCUCUCUUUGUGAACAUCUGCGUCUCGGAGCUCUGGCUCUCCGACGUUGCUGAUGUCAAUUCGGCAUCAACCAACGCCUUGAAAGUCGUGCUCCUAGAUUGCGUGAAGCCGGCGAUAGAAUCUGAUGAAUGUUUGAUCAAAAAUAAGGCGCACAUCGAUGCCAUAUUCAAGACGAUAGGCACCGGACUGGACAACCCCUUCAAUCAAGCCAUAAAACAUGUCAUACUUACUAUCGCAGUUUGUUUUGAGAUAGGUAACGAAAAAGUUGAAUACGUCAUGGCGCCUUUGCUCAAGAAAUUGAAUGAUCGACGCGAGAGCCACAACUUCCACAACGAAAAAGAGGCCGAAUAUGCCACGGGUUCCGCCGUCAAAUCCCUUGGACCGGAAUUCGUAUUAAAAAUAAUUCCACUGAGAGACGGAGAGAGUAUAAAUUUAGACAGAAGUUGGUUACUACCGGUAUUGAAAGAAAAAAUCACUAAUUCAUAUUUGAAAUAUUUCGCAACGGAGAUCCUGGAAAUGGCGACGUUUUGCAGGAAGAAAUCCCGCGAUUACGCCGCGGCGAAAGAUACGGCACUGUCGCAUACUUACGAUUUACUCUGCAACCAAUUAUGGGCUCUAUUGCCGAGCUUCUGCAACCACCCUAAGGAUAUCAAAGAUAACUUCAAAGCCUUAGCCAGGGUUCUCGGGAAUGUUUUGAAGGAUAAUGCCGAAUUUCGUCUCUCGGUUAUGCAGGCCUUAAGGAAGCUUAUCGCUUGCUCCGACGAUAAUGAGGAGGAUAAGAUAGAAUUGGCGAGAUUUGCGAAGAAUUAUUUGCCGAUAUUACUCAAUAUUUAUAUGUCGCCGGCGAAGGGCAGUACCGCUGAGGGGCAGAGAUUGGCCGCAUUGCAAACUAUACAGGUGUAUCUAACAAUAAGCGAUCAGAAUUUAAGAGAAGAGCUGUUCACCAACGCUCUACAACAAUUAGAGGCGUCAGUCGACAACCACUUCCAGAGAGAAUCAAUCUUAGACGUCAUACGUCUUUUAGUCCUCUAUCAAAACAGCGAACAGAUUGCAAAUCUCUUCGACAAAUGGGUGUACCCGCUUUGCGAAACAGUUUUAGAAGAUCCUAGAAAGUUUAGAAAGUCCAAAAAGGAUAGAAUGGAAACGAAUGAUUCGAACACAGAUAAUAAAAAAGCCCAAUUGAGAUAUAAAGAUAAAGCGAAACUUCUAGAAAUGGAACACAAGAAGGCGUAUCGAAUAUUAGAAGAGAUAUUUAAGAGUGAUAAGGAGAGUUGUAAAGAAUUCUUGUCGAAUAAUUACAAGAAGAUCAAGAAACUGUUGAUGUCUUCACUCAAUAAAGUCGCUGAUAGCAGUAAAGCUGCGAGGUUGAGGUGUAUAGAACACUUAAUCAACUGCUCGCCGAAUCUGAACUCUGAUAGCAAGCUAAUAAAGAGCGCAAUCGCGGAGUCUGUCGUUUGUACGAGAGACAUAAACUCGAAGUGUCGACAGUGGGCUUUCAGUGUUAUCAACACCGUUGGAAAUGUUCUCAAAAAUCAAGAUGGAGGUAUGCAGGCGUACAUAUCGCUGCUGCUGUCGGGGCUGUCGGCGCCGCUGCCGCGCAUCAGCAGCGCCUCGCUGCGCGCCGUCGCCUCCGCGCUGUUCACCUUCAGCGAGGAGAUGGGGCUCGACACGGUGCAGGGCCUGCUGGAGAAAGUCGCCGAGCAGAUGUUGACCAACAACAGGGAGAUUGUGUCCGCUGCUAUGAGCUUCCUCAAGGUGUAUACAAAAGUUUUACCAACUGACGUCCUCGCGGGCAGUCUCCCUCUCGUCUUCAAAACUCUAUCCUCAAUGUCCGAUGACUGCAAGCGACAUUCGCGUCUAGAAAUAGGAUACUUCCUAACAAGGAUGACUAGAAAAUAUGGUGCGGAAUUUGUCGAGAAACUUAUUCCUGAACGGGACGAGGUCAUGCUCAGGAGGUUACGGAAUAUACGGAAAAUGGAUAAUAGGAGAAAGAGGAUGAAGGAGGGAGAGAGAGAUCAAGACAAUGACACUGGAUCUGACAUGGACGUCAGGGGCACUUCUAAAACCCUGGAAGACAUCCUCAAAGAUUCGGACUCAGAAAUGGAGUUCUUGGAAGAGGAGGAAAGACCCCGAGUCAAAGCUAAAUCCAAGAAGGGUAAAAACCAGACCUGGAUUCAAGACGAUCCGGAAAAUAUUGUCGAUUUGGCAGAUGUAUCCUCCUCUAGAAAGAUUACAGCAACCGAUCCUACACAGAAGAAACGGUUAAUAGAAGAAAAGAAAAAGAAGAAAGAUGGUGGGUUUAAAACGGCCCCAGAUGGGCGUCUACUCAUCACCGACGACGCCUCAGACGACGAUGACGGUGACAAUGAACCUCGGCCCAGCGGGGACAUAGACAGUGACACUGACGACACAGAUAAUGAAGGUGAAUCGUCGAAACCGUCGAAAUUACUGAAACCGGGAGUGAAACGUCGCUACGACGAUAUACUCAGUAUAAAGAGUGGUCGCACCAAUAGAAGCCGGGCGUCGACGGCGACCGUCGCGUCUAAAUACAAGGCCGGCGGAAAGGGUAUACACAGACCCCUCGGUUCAGCUGCAUCCGUAGCAUCAACGGUUGGCACAGAAUACAAAUCAAAGAAAGCAAAGGGUGAUAUAAAGAAAAAAGGCAAGCCAGACCCGUACGCUUACCUGCCAUUGUCGAGGAAGAAUCUUAAUAAAAGGACGAAGGCGGUUACGUCGAGACAAUUCAAAGGGAUUGUAAAAUCGAAAACAAAAAACAUCAGAAUGUCAAAAAAGAAUAAAUAAUAGAAAUAUUUAUGCCUUAUGGUAGAUUUAAAAAAAAGUAUAACAUACUAUAUUCCUAUGGCAGGAGGAGUGAAGAUAAACGAACCUUAGAUUUACAUAAUACAGUUGAUUUGUUAAUAGCUCUGCUAUAUUAUGAAGUACAAACAGUUCAUGAUUAAUAUAUAUUUAUUUAUAACACAACACAAUUCCUCUUAUCUAUAACUACUUGACGACAUUUAAAACGUAUUUUUUCAUGAAUUCAUAAUAAAUACCAUAGUCAUCGUGGCAUGUCAAAGUGGUUUAGUUCAGCUUUGCAGAACUAUCGAUAG